AUGCACUGGGAGUUUGUGAACAGCCACGAUGCCGUCUCAGCCACCACUCGAAAGCGCAUUCGAAGCCAUGUGGCGCGCGGCAAGAACGCAGGCAAAAAGCUCUCUCGUCCGUCCCGACUGAGCAAGGCUCAUCCCAUCCCAACCAGACUCUGUAUCCCUGCCCUCGUUCACAAGCAAAGAGCCUAUGAGAAUGAGAAUGAUAAAUAUUACAUUGAGAGGCCCAUCACAGACGGUCUCGCCUUCCCCGUGGAGCUAGCUCCCCAAACUCGCCAGAUCGCACAGAAGGGCAUAGCUGCCGAGGCCUUGCGCCAUCUAUUGCGCGCGCUGCAUCUGCUUAAUGCCCGGCUGGCAGGCGUGGACUCCCUCUCGGAUGACACUGUCGCUGCCGUUGUCGGUAUGGUGCACUACGAGCGGCACCUGGGACAUUUUGACCGGGCUUAUAUUCACGUACGGGGCCUGCGACAGAUGGUCAACAUACGCGGCGGGAUUCGCCAGCUGGGAUGUGAGCUGUCCAGGAAGAUAUUUCUCAGAUGCGAUCUUGAGUGUUCUAUUCAACUGGGCCGCGCCCUUCUCUUCUCGGUAGAAGAGGUGGAUGCUAUGAGUUCAUCGAUGGUCAGAAGUGACCUGCAACACCGGGCAACGACUACUUGGCCGGAUCGUCAGCGUUUGGAUCCGGGUCUGACCACCUUGUUCCGAUACGCAACGGAUAUUGCACGGAUUUAUAACGAUAUUGGCGCCGGAGUCGAGCCGAAGCUGACGUAUCCUGCUCAUUUCGACAUUCUUCUCCCCUUCGGGUAUCGGCUUCUACGGUUCAGCCCUUGGCAAGCAGCACGGCCUCCCAGUCUUCUGGAUGACUUGGUGCAGAUCGGCUUACUCGUCUUUCUGGGUGCAUUCCUACGACGGCUGGACCGAGGCAUCACGGAUAAUGUGCUGCUUGCAAGGCUGCUUCGAUCGGUGGCUGACAGCGCGGAAGUCGACCGCGUAACUCAGGAAGCGCUGCUGUGGGCUUUGUUCGUCGGCACAGCAUCGAUCUUCCAGAAGGAUGCCCCGGAAUGGCUUAUCUUGCGAGCUGGAGUUCUCAUGCAGGAGCUGACGCUUGCUACGUGGGAAGAUACUCUAUGCUUACUGCGUCAGUUUCCCUGGGUUAACGCCCUUCACGAUGCGCCAGCGCAGCACUUGUGGAAGAGACUGGCUACGUCUUGCAUUACGUAG